AUGGAUGGAUGGUUUCCAUGUAUAAUGCCACAUGAUGAUCAUAUAGAAGGAGAAGAAAAUACUAAACGAAAAUAUAUAAUGACACAUGGAAAAUAUACAAUUAUGGGUUCAUUUGAAACAUAUGAUGAAGCAGUUGAUUGUAAAAAUAAAUUAAAUGAUUCAUUUGUAGCGAAAACAAUCAAACCAUUGUUUGAAAAAGAUAUGAAUAAAUAUUGGCCAACAUUUAAAAAUAGAUUCAAAUACUUAGGAUGGAUAAGUACAAUUGCAACAAAAGUGAAAACUGAAAAAGAAUUUCGCAGUGCAUUAACAUGGGAAAAAGAUGGCAUGAUUUAUGUUCUUUCUGGAAAAAUAAAUAAUAUAUUCGAUGCUGAACAAGAAGUAUUUUCUUUACUUAAACUAGAAAACAUUCUUAAAUGGGGAGGAUAUAAUUAUGUUAAAGAUGGAGAGUUAGAUAGAUCAAUAAAUGAAGUUACUGAGAAACCACAACAUAAUGUUAGAAAUACUUCUGAAUUACAAGUGUAUAAUGAAUUAUGUUCGCAACAUAAACAUAAUUAA